ACUGCUGGAGAUGAGAAAAAGGGCAUUGAAGCUGUAGAAAAGCUCAGCGAAUCUGGUCUCUCUGACUUUAUUCUUUUUCACCGAGUUGAUGUUGCAGAUCCUGCCAGUAUCGCUUCUCUGGCAGAUUUCAUCAAAUCCCAGUUUGGAAAGCUCGAUAUCUUGGUAUAUUUGAGUUCCAGUUUCUUGAAUCUCUCUACCUUAACAGUUUAUUUUUAUUAAAUAUUUUUUUCCUGUUGUCCUGAAGAAUCAUUAUCUUUUGAUUAGUCCGGUAGCUAGGAACUGCCAUUUAUUUUCGUAAAAAGCCCCCAGAAUCAUUGUAAGUAAUGCAUGCUGAAGCAUAAUCAUCAACCAUGUGUAGGUGAACAACGCAGGAAUUCCUGGUGUCAUAGCAGAUGCUGAUGCUCUAGAGCUUCAAAUUUUGGAGAGGUAAGGUUUCCGCAUAUAAUUAAUUUCCUAGGUUGGAGGAUUUUAAAGAUUGAUUUCCACUUAUCAUCGAAACUCAGCCUGGUGCACAAGUCAACUGGAGGUAGAUAAUUACUCAAACACAUGAGUUAGCUGAAGAGGGCCUCAAAACAAACUACUAUGGUGCCAAAAGAAUGCGUGAAGCACUAAUUCCCCUCCUCCAGUUAUCUGAUUCUCCAAGAAUUGUGAAUGUUUCUUCCUCCGGGGGGUUAAAGAAUGUAUCAAAUGAAUGGGCAACAGCAAUCUUAAGUGAUGCUGAAAACCUUACCCAAGAGAAAGUGGAUGAGAUACUGAGCCAAUACCUGAAAGAUUAUAAAGAGGGGUCAUUGGAAACCAAAGGCUGGCCUGCUUAUUUUUCUGCCUGUACACUCUCAAAAGCUGCCAUGAAUGCAUACACAAGGAUUCUGGCCAAGAAGUACUCGGGUUUCUGCAUCAAUUGUGUCUGCCCUGGAUUUGUGAAAACUGAUCGAUAUAAACUAUAAUACUGGAAUCUUGAGUGUUGAAGAAGGUGCUGCAGGUCCUGUGAGAUUGGCUUUGCUACCCAAUGGUGGCCCUUCCGACCUCUUCUUCAAGCAAAUGGAGGAACAGGAAUUUUGAUGAGGUUGUGGGAAAAAUUUAUGUUUUUCCUAUGUUUGUAGCUUGUGUUUUUAAGGGCAUGGAAAAAGUACAUUAACAGUAUGAUGUUGAUCCAAAAGACAUGUAUGUUUGGGAAUAAUUUGUAUGUGAUUAU